ACGGAGCUGUGUGCCAUCCGGCUGUGCAGCUUCCAAUGAAGAGGGGCUGAGCAGAGGCGUAUAGGAAUGCUCCUGGUGUAUAUCUGCUGGGAAUCUGGACCCAAGAAGAAUAUGGUGAAAUAGAUAUUUAUCCGAACAGCAAGGAUGAGGUUCUGUGCAAAAUCGAUGCUCCUCACUCACUGGUUGCUGCUCGUCUCCGUGUUAAUGCUUUGCUGUAAGUUGCUGUCUGCCUCCAGCCACCACCCAAGGGGACACUCAGGUCAUCAGGUCAAACAGGGCACAUGCGAGGUUGUUGCUGUCCACCGGUGCUGCAACAAGAACAAAAUUGAGGAACGGUCGCAAACAGUGAAAUGCUCUUGUUUUCCGGGCCAAGUAGCUGGUACAACCCGAGCUCAACCUUCAUGUGUUGAAGCCUCUGUAGUAAUGCAGAAGUGGUGGUGCCAUAUGAAUCCUUGCCUAGAGGGUGAGGAAUGCAAAGUUCUUCCAGAUCUUUCGGGAUGGUCCUGCAGCAGUGGCAACAAGGUCAAAACCACAAAGGCAAGCCUUAAUGAAAAAGCCAGUCAAAGACCAAGUGAGUGUAUGCAUCUAACUGCCAUGGAGAAAGUGGAAGAGCAUGAUAGGGCCAUAGAAAUAGACGACCUUUUGGAUGAAGAAAUCCUGGAUCUUUCUGUAUUUUUCAAAUAUGGUAGCAAUAAUGAUGAUGACAUCUCUACUGUUUCUUUUGCCGAGUUCCACAAGCAACUAAUAGAAAUACUCAAGGUUCUUUUCAGCAAAGAAAUGGAGGCCUAA